AUGGAGGAGAUCCUGCGGAGGCUGCAGAAGGAGGCGUCCGGACACAAGCACAAGGCGCUCCGGGACGCGUGUGUGUGCGCCUGUGAAACGCUGGAGCUACAGAAUGGAACUGGGAAAGUCCCGCCUUCCAAACUGCGGGAGCGCUGUCUGCUGCCGCUACAGAUGGCUCUGGAGUCUAAGAGCUCCAAACUGGGCCAGACCGCACUGACCGGGAUGCAGAAGGUGUUGUGUGACGAGCGGCUGGUAGCAGGUCUGGGUCUGGAGGUGGACAUGUUGGAGAAGCAGCUGCUGGCUCAGAUGCUGGACGCUCUGAGGGUCACUCCUGGUCUGCACGAGGACCUGCAGGUGGAGGUCAUGAAGGUUCUCCUGUGCAUCACCUACUCUCCCAACUUUGACCUGAACGGAGACUCCAUUCUGCGCAUCGCUCAGGUGUGUCUGGAGACGUACGAGGCCAGCGGCCACCAGAGGAGCAUCAACACUGCGGUCAGAGCCACUCUGAGCCAGAUCCUGGGAGACAUGGUGCUGCAGCUUAGGAGCAGACAAGAGGGCGCAGAUGGAGAAGAGGUGACGCCGCCGCUGCACCGGAAAGACGUGUCUCCCACCAGCCUUGCCCUGUGUGAGGACGUGGUCACCGUUCUGACCGUGUUCUGUGAGAAGCUGGAGUCCGUCCACAGUGAAAACCCUCUGCUGCUGCUGCUGUACCUGGAGUGUAUCCUGUCCAUGCUCAGCAGCUGCCCUCCCACAAUGCACCUGUCCAGAGGCUUCACUGACCUCGUAUGGAAGCAGCUGUGCCCCUCCCUCGUGGCCAUCAUGGGAAAUCCUGUCAAUGACAAAACCAUCACGUCUCACCACAGCCACAUGGGGGCGCUGGAGCGGGACAGGGCCACUUUAGGAGUGGGUCUGGAGCUGGACCCUUGCUUGGGGGGCGUGUCGGACCAGGGCAGGGGCUCGGGCUGCUCCUCUAGCGCCCCCUCCAUCACGGCCCCGGUGGUGCGUACCGUGUGCUACAUUGCGGCUGAGCUAGUUCGGCUGGUGAGCUGCGUGGAGUCCAUGAAGCCCGUCCUCCAGUCUCUGUACCACCGCAUCCUCCUCUACCCCCCGCCACAGCACCGCACUGAGGCCAUACGCAUCAUGAAGGAGAUCUUGGGCAGUCCUCAGCGCCUCUUGGAUCUGGCGGGUCCCUGCGUGGCUGAGCCUGACACCAGGAAGAGGUCCUUCUCCAAAAGGAAGUCCCACCUGGACAUGCUCCGUCUGGUGAUGGACGGCAUGAGCGAGGCGUGUCUGAAGGGAGGGGUGGAGGCCUGCUUCUCCUCCGUGUCCUGUGUGUGCGCCCUGCUGGUAGCGCUAGAGGAGCUGUCCCAGGGCAGAGGGCUGCAGCUGGAGCAGGCCCGCCUUCUGCUGCGGCGCCUGGACGACCUGAAGGAGGGAACCGAGUCGACCCGAGAGUCUAUGGAGAUCAACGAGGCAGACUUCCGCUGGCAGAGGCACGUUCUGUCUGCCCAGCCGGCCCCCUGGCCUUCCCAGGUCAGCCCCGAGCCCAGCCCCGACAUCAGCAUCAGCAUCACCACAGAGAGCGGACACACCACACUGGGACUGGAGGAGCAGAGCCCAGGGGCCGAGGAGUGUGGAGAGGAGGUGCGCAUCCCAUCCCCUACAUCCUGCAGCGGUCAGGAGGAGGAGAGCCGCAGGCAAAUGACCCCCAGGGCGGACGCCAGCAGAGGCCUGGAGGAGAGGCCCCCAGGGGGACCAGCUCCACCGGACGUCCUGCAGAGGAGCCAUGGCAUCGUCUACCCAGACAUCACCAACUUCCUGUCAGUCGAGUCCAGAGGGCGCCCCUACCACGGAACAGGCUCAGCGCGCUACAGCGAGAGCAACUUUAGUAUGGAAGAGCAGGAGCUGUCCCGCACAGAGCUGGACUCGUGUGACCAGUAUUCUAUGGCGGCGGAGAAGGACUCUGGACGCUCGGACGUGUCCGACAUGGGCUCGGACAACGUGUCUCUGGCUGACGAAGACGAGCAGACUCCGCGGGACUGUCCCGGACACCGAUCCUUACGCACAGCGGCGCUGAGCCUCAGGCUGCUGCGCCACCAGGAGGCCGACCAGCACAGUGCGCGCCUCUUCCUCCAGUCUCUGCGCGCCCUGCUGCCCCGCCUGCUCGCCCUGCCCACCACCGCCGAGGUGGACACCAGUCUACAGAACUUCUCCUCCACCUUUUGCUCCGGGCUGCAGGCCGGGGGGGUGCAGUCCCCUGGUCUGGACCCUGAGGACCCUCUGAGCUGUCAGUCCCUGAUGAAUGCAGACGGUCUGUACCUAGUGUCGUACUCCGCUCUCCUGCUGAACCUCAGGCUGCUGUGUGCUGACCACUACAGACGCAGAGGCCAGACCGCCCUGCUCAGCCUGAAGGAGUUCAGUGGCCUACUCCAGAGCAGUGGGGUGCUGGUGGUGCUGUCUCAGGCCUGGAUAGAGGAGCUCUAUCAGCAGGUGUUAGAGCACAACCUCCUGGCUGAAGCAGGGUACUACGGCUCCCCAGAGGACCACCGCCCGCCACUCAUCACCAUGCUCAUAGACAUGGACGGCCUGGGCAGCAGCGCGAUUGGAGGUCAGUUGAUCCGGAGGUCGUCUGUCCAGUCGCCUCUGACCUGUGAGAAGAGCAGCAGUGACCUGGUGACUGCAGGCUCGGUGUUUGCACGCUUCCUGCUUAGCGGCGUGUGGAGGAACCUGAUGGAGGUGCUGUCCGCGCCGCUGACCGGGCGCAUGGCGGGCAGCUCCCGGGGGCUGGCCUUCAUCCUGGGCUCCGAGGGACGAGAGGAGAACAGGCACCGGGAGAGAGACGCCAUCUGCCUCAGUCUGGACGGGCUGAGGAAGGCAGCGGGACUCAGCUGUGCUCUGGGAGUGGCUGCCCACUGUGCCUCGGCCCUGGCCCAGAUGGCUGCAGCCUCAUGUGUCCAGGAGGAGCGGGAGGACAAGGAGCAGCUGGAGCCUGGGGACACCAUCACACAAGUGAAGCAGCGUGUGGAGCAGCGACUGGAACAGAUGCGGGCCCCCGGGGUCCGGCUCCACACGGCCCAUGUGCUCUGCAUGGACGCCAUCCUCACUGUGGGGCUGGAGAUGGGCAGCCACAACCACGACUGCUGGCCACACAUCUUCAGAGUGACGGAGUACGUGAGUUCUCUGGAGCGCUCGCACUUCAGCGAUGGCUCCCAGCCCUCGUCCCUCACCACCAUCACCCAGAGCCACCACAGCAGCGUAGAUCAGGGCCUGGAGCUGACCACUGAGCCCAGCACUGACCCCUCUGAGCUGGGUCUGAGUCAGCCGGUCAUCCAGCCUCUGUCCAUUCAGGAGCUGCUGAAGGAGGGAGUCCGGGGGAAGGGUCUGGAGCUGCGAGGGGGCAGUCUGCUGACCGGGAGCAGCGCAGCCAAGGCUGUGUGCACUCUGUCCACUCAGGCUGACCGGCUCUUCGAGGAGGCUUCUAUGCAGCUCAACCUCGUGGCUCUGGUGGGUUUCCUGCAGCAGCUGCGGAAGGCGUCCCAGGCCCAGCUCUUCAGCUCCGUCACUGACACCGGGGACUACUCCUUGGCCAUGCCCGGAGAGGCCAGGGCCACCCAGGAGAGGGCGCUGCACCUGUUCCGUCUGGGGGAGUGCAUGCUCCGGAUCGUCCGGAACAAGAGGCGACCCCUGCUGCACAUGAUGAGGGCGUGGAGCGUGGUUGCCCCCCAUCUGGUGGAGGCUGCCUGCCACAAAGAGAGGCAUGUGUCCCAGCGCUCUGUGUCCUUCAUCCAUGCCGUGCUGACAGAGGUGCUGAGCAGCUGGGCCGAGCUGCCACACUUCCACUUCAACGAGGCUCUGUUCAGACCUUUGGAGCACGUGAUGCAACUGGAGCUGUGCGACGAGGAUGUGCAGGACCAGGUGGUGACCUCCAUCGCGGAGCUGGUGGAGAUGUGUUCUCCUCAGAUCCUCUCGGGCUGGAGGCCUCUGUUCAGCGCUCUGAGGACCGUGCACAGCAGCAAGAGUGACACCAAGGACUACCUUCUGGGGGAGUACUCUAUGGGUAAAUCUCAAGCUCCGGUGUUCGACGUAUUCGAAGCCUUUAUAAACACAGACAACAUCCAGGUGUUCGCCAACGCUGCCACUGACUACAUCAUGUGUCUGAUGAAGUUUGUCAAGGGUCUAGGAGAGGUGGACUACAAGGAGAUCGGGGACUGUGUGAACUCGUCAGCCUUCAGCUCCACUGACCUGUGCCUUCCCGCUCUGGACUAUCUACACAGGUGUUCCCAGCUGUUGUCAAAGAUCUACAAGAUGGCGUCCAAGCCCGUGUUUGUGGGCGCUCGUCUGUCCAGUCUGCCCCUGAGGGGAGGGGCCCGCUCUGUGAGCAGCGACGACGGACUGGACUGUGUGCUGCAGGAGUUUGACGACGACUCAGGUCUGGUUCAGGUCUGGAUCCUGUUGUUGGAGCAGCUGACUGCAGCGGUCUCCACCUGCCCUCGUCAGCACCAGCCCCCAACCCUGGAGCUGCUCUUCACCCUGCUGAGGGAGCUGACCCAUGUGCCAGGCCCAGGGUUCGCCCUCUUUGCCGUCAUCCAGCUGCUCCUCCCCGUCAUGUCGCUAUGGUUACAGCGCAGUCACGGAGACCACGCAUACUGGGACAUGGCGGCUGCAAACUUCAAGCACGCCAUCGGUCUGUGCUGCGAGCUGGUGGUGGAGCACGUUCACAGCUUCAUCCACUCCGGGUACCAUAACGGUGCAAAAAUGCCCAACAAGCUUAAGGGGAGCGUCUCGCGGAGAACAGAACAGCGUGUAGUGGAGGAGGACGCUCUCUCGCAAGGUAGCAAUGCUAGUAGCACUAGCAACAUGGAAGACGAACCAAAGAUAGGAAGUGGUGAUGGUGCCAACUUUGAUCUAAUCUUAAAAGAGCUCCGUGAGUUCAGACGGGAGAACAAGGAGCAGUUCGACAAUAUAAGAGAGGACAUAAACGGCAUCGCCAAGAGGAUGGACGAAGCGGAGGAACAAAUAAUGGAGGCAGAGACUAGCAUACAGGCUUCGGAGGAGAUGCUACUGGAGUUAGCAAAGCUCCAAACCCAAGUUGAAGCUAAGUUGACGGAUCUGGAGGGGCGCUCACGGCGUGAGAACAUCAGGAUUCACGGAGUGGUUGAGGGGGCAGAAGAGGGAGCGACGUCUGUUAUUAACUUUGUUGAGUCAUUAUUAAGGAACGGCCUCGGAAUCCCCCCGACCACCGCAUUUAACAUCGAACGGGCGCACCGUGCCCUGGGAGUAAAGCCACCCGUCGGGGCCCCCCCACGGUCCUUCGUGGUCAAGUUUGCAGGUUAUCGCUUAAAAGAGGACAUUCUCAGGCGAGCAUGGCAAGCGAGAGGCUUUGAUUUUCAAGGCAAGAAGGUUUUUUUGGACAAUGACUAUGCCCCCGAAAUACAAAAAAGGCGCAAGGAGUAUACCGCAGCCAAAGCGGCUCUCAGGGAGAAGAACAUACGCUUCCAGACGCCUUUCCCGGCCAGGCUGAGAGUGCAUUACAGCGAAGGCAUGGUUACGUACAACUCUGCACAGGAGGCGACCGAGGAUAUGGUGAAGAGAGAUAUGGGAUACGAGUCGCUGAUCAACCUGAUGCUGAAGGAGCUGUUCAAGCUGUUGGUGUCGUGUGUGUCGGAGCCAGCGGAGCCCAUCUCCAGAGUGGGCUGCUCCUGUAUCAGAUAUGUGCUGGUGACGGUGGGCCCUGUCUUCACUGAGGAGAUGUGGCGUCUGGCCUGCUGCGCUCUGCAGGACGCCUUCUCCGCCACGCUGGAGCCCGUCAAGAACCUGCUGUCCUGCUUCCACAGUAGUGCAGAUAGCUCCAGUGCAGACGCCUGUGAGGUGAAGGUGGCCGCGCCCUCACACUGCCCCUCCGCUGAGGCCGAGUACUGGAGGAUCAAGGCCAUGGCCCAGCAGGUGUUCAUGCUGGAUUCCCAGUGUUCUCCAAAGACGCCCAGUAACAAGGAAGGCUUUGAGCACGCUCAGUCCUGUGUGCUGAUCAUCGAGGUGCCAGCCGAGCCACCUCUCACCGGCCACGCCCACAAGAGGAUCCCAUUCCGGAGCAUCGUGGUGUCUCUGCUCUCUCAUCAGGUGCUCCUCCAGAACCUGUCGGAUAUCCUCCUGCAGGAGUUUGUGAAGCAGCCUGAGGGUCAGGAGCGUGUGACCCCCGUAACCUCUGACCCCUCCAGUGCCCCUGCCGGCUUCCUGCGAUACAUCUCCAUUCCCAACCUCAACAUUAUCCUGGACCUGCUGCUGGACUCCUACAGGACUGCCCGGGACUUUGACGCGCGCCCCGGCCUGAAGUACCUCUUGAUGAAGGUGUCCGGAGUGUGUGCCGCCGCAAACCUGUACCGCCAGUCCGCCAUGAGCUUCACCCUGUACCUGCAGGCUCUGCUGGGGGCCAUCCUGAGCCAGGCCGACUGCAUCAGUGCGCAUCAGGUUAAGAAGAUCUUGUAUGAGGAAGAGGAAGGCAGCUCAGACUCCUCCCACCCAAACUCCGCCUCCUCUGAGGACGAGGACAUCUUUGAGGAGACGGCUCAGGUGUCCCCUCCUCGCGGCCGGGACAAGCGUGGCCCGUGGCGAGCCCACGAGGCCUCCCUGAGCGUGCAGCCCGUGGGCGUGGCCGACUGGGCGUGGCUGGUGAAGCGGCUGUACAAGCUGUGCAUGGACCUGUGCUCCAGCUACAUCCAGAUGCACCGGGACCUGGAGUGUGCCCUGGAGGAGCGCUCAGGCCUGGGCACGGAGCAGCUCCUCUUCCUACCGCUCUUCCACUCAGGUAGCUCCACCCCCAGCUCUGUCGGGGGGUUCUCUGCCCGUGGGACCCCCUCUGAGGAGUACGGCUACAGGGGCCACACGGGGGACACAAGCACGUCCUCGCCUGGGGAUACGCCCACGCCAAGCCCCGGAUUCAGUGGCAGCCUGCCGCAUCACUUCAGGAGCAGCAGUGAGAGCCGAGAGCCCGGGGCGGGCGUGGGACCCAGCGGGGGGGCGACCGCAGGGCCAGGAGUGGGCUCAAGCGUGGGGCCCGGCCGGAGGAAGGAGUGGUGGGAAAGCGCUGGGAACAAGCUGUACACUAUGGCCACAGACCGCACCCUCAGCAAACUGAUGCUGGAGUACAAAAGGAGGAAGCAGCAGCCGCAGCAGCAGCAGAGCCACCUCAACCUCUUCAUGAAGGAGCAGGGCCGCACAACUGACAAGAGGGGCCCUGCCGAGCCACCCCGGCCCCUGCAGAGACCACAGCACCUCCUGGAGCAGCAGCCCGGGCCCCCCCUCAGACACUCUGUGAGUGCGGGGCCAGAAGUGCUGCGACAAGAUAAGAGGCCCCGCUCUGGCUCCACAGUGAGCUGCCACACCGUGAGCCUGCGGGACGCCGAGGCACAGAUACAGGCCUGGACCAACAUGGUGCUGAGCCUGCUGGAGCAUGUGCUGCUUCUGUCCAGUGCCUCCUUCCUGGCCCUCCAGCCGGCCCUGUUCCCCUGCCUCAGUCAGCUGUCCUGCCACGUGAGUGACCCCCGCGUGAGACAGGCCCUCCGCGAGUGGCUGGACAGGGUGGGCCGGCUCUACCAUAUCACGACUCCGCGCUGCCCUGAAGCCAAGACCGUUGAGUAA